UAGGGUUGACACCAAGAAAUUGUGGAUUGUCUUUUCAAGACAACAUUUUCAUAUAACAAUUCGCUUUUAAAAGUCGAUACUUAUUAAUAGAGUACCGCUGUACCGGUGAAAAUAAUUUUAGUUUCAAUUAGUAAAAAUAAUUUAGUUUUAUACUCGUACAAAAUAAAGUAAAGUAAACAUUACAUAAACAUAAUUGUCAAUUAACGAAAAAAGAAAAAACACGGAUGAACGUAACUACCUACGGCCCUACCACCACCACCACCACCACCACCACCACCACCUCCUCCUCCUCUCUCGGUUCCCCAUUGAAGCGCACUCAACGUUCUCCAUUGAAGCAGCUUACCAGUGAUAACAGGUUGAGAUGGAUAAUGAUCACUUCGUCAAAGAUGGAAUUGGUCACUCGGGAGAACCUGUAAGGCAAUUUGCUGAAUUGUUUUCGGUGAGGAUUAAACAUGAUGCACUCGAGAAAUUUCGAGUCUAUGGUACCAUAUUUGUUGAAGAUAACGAGGGUAAUUUCUGCAUCUUCAAUCGACAACAACACUUGAAUCAACAACAACAAGAUGAUGAUGCUGAUCUAAUAAAUGGUACCUUGCCUCUAACUUUUAAACGGCCAAUCCGUGCUAGAUCAAUUUUUACUCUUGCUUUUGAUCUCAAAGAUGAAGAUGGUAAUACAAUUAAGGACAAAUUUGUUGCAAAAUUAGUAACACAGAAAAAUGGCAAUUUUAAUAAAUUGGGUGUUGAUCGUAUGUUUGGUAGUAUGGGUUGUGCAACCAUAUAUUACACUUUUAACCAAGCAGCAAAUAUUUAUGCUAUAAAGGAUUCUAUUUUUAUGAAACACAGCUUUGAUUCUGCUAACUCUGAAGGUCACAGUUGGGUUUCCGGAAAGAUUGUUUUUCAGUAUGGAAGGCCGUUUGAUUCUCGGUCUCGUUCUCUUGCAACCCAAGACUUGGAGGACGAUUGUCUUGAUAUUGUGCUAUUUAACGCGGCAAAGCCAGUGCCAUUGGUAGUGGAUGAGACGGGUUCUUGUUACAAGUUUCCUCUUCUUAGAUCACACCUGGUUGUGCCGCAUAGCAACUCUUUAAUCUUCAAAUUCGACUUGGUUUAUUCUGAUAAAGGCAUGGUCAAAUGUAUUCAAUUUGAUAAAAUCAUUCCGAUGUUAAACAGGUUUUGGAUGAACCUUUCUGACAAGGAAGGAGAUGACAUGCUUAUCAAGUUGUUAUUAGAAUUCCAAGUAUGAUGUACUUUUGUGUUGUAUAAUUAUUGGUUAUUUGACCUAAGUUAGAGACUCAGUUAUUAGAAUUUCAAGUAUUAUGCACUUUUGCGUUGUAUAAGUAUUGGUUCUCUGACCUUAAGUUAGAGACUCGGUUAUUAGAAUUCCAAGUAUUAUGUACUCCCUACCUUUUGUGUUAUAUUUGUAUUGUCAUUUACUCAUUUUGUCUUUAAAAUGUGUCUUGUAUUAAUGUAAUGUAUUGUUAUUAUUCA